GGCCAAAGCUGGCUAGAGGUGCAAGGUGGGCCGGCCCAGAUUGAGCGGACUUACAGCGGACUGUUGUAUCUCUGGGAGGCGACUGCCGAGGGCGCCCGCUCGGUGGUCACACCAGACAGGGGACAUGGCAAGUCCGCCCAGCCGGCGACCUCUCGACCCGCUGCAGGCCUCCGAGGCCGGGAGGCGGAGCAGCGCCUUCACGGCCGUGGCGCCACACAUCACCAGCCCGAUCAAAGAUCCGAGCAGCCCGUCGUAUGGGCAGACGCUGCCGCCGCUGCUGCCGCUGACGAUGCUGUACCCGGGCUGCCUGCUGCACGCCUACCCGCACUACCAGCGCUGGUACUCGUCUGACGCCAAGGCGCCGCUGCUGCCGCCCUCGGCGCCCUACUCGGAGAUGGCCAGGCAGUUGGAGGCCGUCCGCCUCUGGGGCUCGCUGGCCAGACGCGAGAUGACCAGCCCGGCCAACAACGAGCCGCGGACGCCGACGUGGACGGGCUCGCCGUCCUCGGCCGAGGAGGAGCCGGCCGACGCGCCGCUGAACCUGUCGACCAGCUCGGCGCGGCGGGCCAUCUGGUCGCCGGCGGCGGCUGUGGAGCAGGAGGCCGAGCGGCGGCGCUGCUCGUCCGAGCUGAGCCCGCCGCCGGCCAGCGAGCCGGCCAGCCCUCCGGCGGCGGCGCCGCUGGCGGCCUCCUACCCGCCCUACCGGCUGGUGUUGCCCGGCUGGACGGCUGCCGCCGCCGCCGCCGCCGCCGCCCGCCACCUGGGCCGGCCCGUGCCGCCCAGCCGGCUGCCCGCCAUGGAAGGCCAGCACAUCAGCUGCCCCGCCUGCAAGAGGGCAUUGGGCUCGCCUGCCGCGCUGGAGGCGCACGUGAAGCGUUGUGCGGCCACCCUCUCGCCGCGCUCCGUGCCGGGAGGUCAGACCAACACCAAAACAGCGCACGAGAGGUCGUUUGAGUGCAAGGAGUGUAAGAAGACGUUCAAGCGUUCCUCGACGCUGUCAACACAUCUUCUAAUCCACUCGGACACCCGGCCCUACCCAUGUCCGUACUGCAACAAGCGCUUCCACCAGAAGUCGGACAUGAAGAAGCACACCUACAUCCACACCGGUGAAAAGCCGCACAAAUGCUCGGUCUGUGGCAAGGCGUUCUCGCAAUCUUCCAACCUGAUCACACACAUGCGGAAACACACCGGAUACAAGCCGUUCGCGUGCGGCCUCUGCGAGAAGGCGUUCCAGCGGAAGGUGGAUCUGCGCCGUCACCGGGAGAGCCAGCAUCCGGACCUGGCGCACGUGCCGCCGCCGCCGCCGGCGCCGCCGGCGCCGGCCGCCCUGCCGGCCGCGGACUGACGGGCCGGGCCGCCGCCGUUGCCGCCGGCAGUCUGAGCGCCCCUGAGCAGCGGACCGGCGUGACGCUGCGGCAGCUCAGCAGCUAUUGAUUGUUCUCACUGACCGAUGUAACCCGAAUCUCCGCCAAAUGGACCGCAUUUGAGCCGGCGACGUCGACUUCAAAGCAGCCCGUAUGACCAUUACUUACGUCAACAAAUUAAAAAUCUUCGACCGUCUCGCUGAAUAGCGGCGCCCUCUUCAGAGUGCCGCGCUCAAACAAAGCACUUAGGCGGCGUUUUCCAUUGAUUUCGGCGGCGCCGGCCGGUAGCGGAGGUGACAUUGUUGUCCGUAGUGUGCACACAGAGUUGUUCAAACAUUUAACGAAUUCAUUGCGUCUGUAUCAGCGUCGAUGAGCGGCUGCGAGGGUCCGUUUGACACGGCACCAGCAAACGGCAGUCGGACACAAAACGGCCGCCCCCGGCCGGCCGAGCGGGGACGGUGCGUGCGGGGGGAGUGAUAGACGGCAUCGCACGGACUAAUGAUUCGAGCCAACGGCCACCAUUGAGCUAAAUGGACGGGAGCGCACGGCCAAUUAUUGAGCUUUCUAGUCAGCUUGUAUAUAAAAAGUUAUAGGGGAAGAGUGACUGGAACGCUUGUGAUUCAAAAAUCGGAUAAAUGUGCGGCUUUCAGGUGAUUUUGGAGCUAAGUGCUCGUAUCUUGCGUUGGCAUGACUUGUUUGGGAAGUAGAGCUCAUGGGUGUGAUUGUGUAACCGUCGGACAAUUCUGUGUAUUGUUAGAACUGUUUUAACUAGAAUGCAUACAGGGAUGCAUUGACGUUCGCAAAUAGCUGUUGUCCGGGGAAACAUUCCGGUCCGACUGUACGCAAUUUGUGUUUUAUCUUUUUGUUUUAUCUUUUCUGUAAAGGCACUUUUAGUUUUGAUACUUGAUCAGACUCAGCGGCACUUUUAACAUGCUGACUGUUGCAGCAGUGCAGUGCAGUUUAUUCGAAUGUUCGGACAGAUAAGAGAGAGCUAAUCUCGCUGAAAUUGUUCAGUCGUUUACUGAAACGAUGUUCGUGGGGCAACGCUAUGUCAUAUAGCCAGGAUCGCAUCUUUGUCUUCUGGUUCAGGAGUUCAGAUCUUGUUAUCUUGCCAGCGUUUCAAGUGCACAAAUUUCAUGAUAGGUACUUUUACUACUACUACUGUAUUCCUCUGGUGCGCGUUAAAGGGGAUUUCAAGCACUGUACAAACUUGCACACGAAACUGGUAACUCGUACACUCUUCGUGCCUUUUUCAGCGCCAUCCAGCGACUCUAGUUAGAGCCAUUAUCAGAUUUUAGCCGCAUAUUAUCGGUGUUUGGGCGCUGGCGGGGCGCCGUGUGUGUACGGAUGUGGACUUUGUUGACGGGCGCCGGCUCUGCGGGGCGCCGGCGCCCUCCGGCGCCCCCGCCGAGCGAGCUGUGAUGCCACCAGACCGUGUGACCAGGCAGCACUGCGGUGGCGUUCGUUGCAUGUUACUCGCGUCCUUAAAUAAAUUGCUGUUAUCAUAUGAG